AUGGCCAUCACCUUUCGGAGCAUGGACCGAAAACUCUUCGGUGAAGAGGACAUCCACGUUACUUUAAUUUUUAUUCAACUUUCCGAAGUCUUUUAUGUACUUACGACGAGCUUUCUCAAGGUCUCGCUAGGUCUCUUCUUCCUAAGGGUCCUUACAAAGAGAUGGCAAAAGCAUCUAUUCCACGUCAUUCUCGUCAUCAGCGGAACAUACGGCCUCUACUACGUCCUGAUCAUUAUUUUCCAUUGCGGCGACCCAACACGCCUCGCCGAUAACCUGCGAUCACCGUCUUCACCCAAUUGCCUGCCAUCUGUUCUUGUUCUCACGUCCGGGUAUCUCUACGGCGUCAUCAACGUGAUCGCUGACUGGACGUUCGUAUUGAUACCGAUCUCCGUUCUAUUGGAUAGCGACCUCGACCGAAGGAGCAAGAUUAGUGUCAGCAUGGUUAUGGCGCUCGGUGCGGUGGGAAGUGUGAGCUCGAUUCUUAGAAUGGUCUACCUGAAGGGACUGGGCUAUAAUGGCCCAGGGCUACAUGUCGAUACCGUCAAAGCAACGAUAUGGGCGACCGCCGAGCCGGGCACAGGAAUAAUCGCAGCCUCAAUCGCCAUCCUCAGGCCGCUCUUCCGCAAGAUCGCGUCCGAUGUUCGGUCAAAGGCGUCUUCUUAUUCUAACUCACGCAAGGGGUCUCUCCCAUCUGACGACUCCAUUGCGCUGAGGAGCCAAGACAUGGUUGCGCAGGAGAUGAAGAACAACCAGAAGCACACCGUAUACAGAAUCAGCGAGGAUCUAGACCCGUGGAGUCCAACGAUUGUUGCGACGGCGGAUGUGCAGAGGAUGAUUCGACGCUGCUUCCACGAAUACUUCAUAACCCACAUACCCUCGACGUCGCUGCAUCCAGACUCGCGAGUCGCCCAGCCUGCGCUGCACCACAAGCUCCCACGCGACAAGAGCACCCCGUACAAUGCGGACAAGUCGGGGCGGUCGCCGGCUGCCGUCGUGGGCACGUCGCGCGAAAUGACCGUAGUACGCAUACCAUUGAAGAGCGCAAAACAUCAUUUCGGCGUCUCGUUGUCGCGAGGGUCGCGGCCAUACAACGAGGAUGCGUUCCAGGCGGGCACCAUUGACCUCCCCGCUUUCGCACGGCGGCGCCCCAUUUCUCUGAGCCGAAAGGGACAGAGCGCGGACACCGAGGUCACGCCAGACGUAGGCGUGAGUGGCGAUCCACAGGUCUUCUACUUUGGCGUCUUCGAUGGCCAUGGCGGCGCUGAGUGCUCUGGCUUCUUGAGGGAGCAGCUGCACGAUUACCUCGAGAAGGCCACCAAGCAGUUCGAGCUCACGAGCAGUCUUACACGGGGAAGAACCGAGACUCAGUCUGGCAACCCAAAGGCCAAGGGCGAGGCUUCUUCUGGCGACCGAAGACAGAGGGACAAAGAGAGCCUAGACGCCAUAGAGACGCAUACGCCACCGGGCACGACAGCUAUGAAGCCGCCACAACCUGGAAGUAAAGAUCAGCUGCCAACUGCCGGCUCCAAGUCCAUGGACGGACCAAUCGAAGGCGUAGCUCCAGUGCGACAGUCAGACAGUGUACGAAAAGCUGAAGAUCUCGAGCAGCAGCUAGUCAAGCAAUGGAAAGAGCUCGUAGGCGGAUACUUCAGACGCUUCAAGCCCGAGUACUUCUCCAUGUCCGCGGGCGGACGCGGCCAUCCAGCCGAGAAAGAAGUCAUUGAGAAGCGCCACACCAGCAAUCCAACAAUACCCGAAGAUGUCAAAGAAGGCAUCGGAAUUGAGACCGUCCUCGAAUACGCCUUCCUCAAAGCCGACUACGACUUCGUCGCCGCGCAAGUAGGCAAAAAAGAAGAAGACCCCGUCCGCGCAGAUAAGGCUCUGAACGACGACGACAUCCUCGGCCAACCCUCCCGCCAAACCAGCAAAAACAUCGGCGGCACAAGCCGCUUCAAAGGAGGCAGCACCUGCAGCGUCGCCCUCAUCUCGACGCCUACACCUUCACCCUUCUGGCACCCAUCCUCGCCCUCCUCACUCAUAACCGCCCAUGUCGGCGACACGCGAAUCCUCCUCUGCAACACCGCCACCGGCCUCGCCGUACCCCUAACAUCGAACCACCACCCCUCCCUCCCCGAAGAAGCCACCCGCCUCCGCCGCUUCGCCGCCUCCUUCGUCACCGACUCCUUUGGCGAAGAACGCAUGUCCGGUCUCGCCAAUACCCGUUCUUUCGGCGACAUGGCACACAAACGCGUGGGCGUGAGUGCCGAACCCGAAAUCAGACGUAUAGAACUGUCGCCUGCAGAAUACUCGUUCCUCAUCUUAUGUUCGGAUGGUGUGUCGGGCCAUUUGUCAGACCAGGAGAUUGUGGAUAUUGUUAAAGAGGCUAAGACGCCGGAACAGGCGGCGCGCGAUGUGGUGGCUUUUGCUACCGAGACGAGUACGGGAAGUGAGGGCGCAGAUAAUGCGACGGGCUUGGUUGUUAGGUUGGGGGGUUGGGAGAGGAGGGGAGAGGGGGGAUUGGGGAGUCUGGGGACGAAGGAGAUGAGAGAUUGGAGGAGGCAGGAGGCAGAGAAUCCGAGGGCUAGUGGGAGGAUGUGA